CUAUGCCCUAGCUUUAGCUGUGGCUCAGGCGUCACUUCCCACCUCCGAUUCCACUGCCUUCGCAUUUGAUCGACUCUGAUGCCAUCAUCAACAUUCGACUUUUCGUACGAACGCAAUCUCUCCGACCCUUCGAGUACUGCAGAUCGGCAGCGGAAGUAAUACUCACUCCCAUUCGAAGGAGAAUUCGUCCCGCGAGCUGCUCCAAGGCGGAACUUUUACGUACUCGAUCGGAUCUAGGUCAACAUAAAGCGAUCACCACGCGACAGCAGCAAUCAUGGGCUCCGACCCUCAAUACGCCAAGUGGCCCUUGCUGCCGCUGUCGCAGCAUGUCUUCACUCUCAGCAAUGGCUACGCCACUAGCAAGGCGCAAGAGGCUGCCGCCAAGGCACUUCAGAAUGCCAUUACUGAGGACAAGAUGGCACCCUUCUACCGCUACUUGGCGCACCCUACGACCGGUGUUUUUAACAGCGUCGGAGAGGGCAACUCUAGUGCUCCAGGGCGUCCCUUGAGCAGGAGGACUAGCCUGGUGGGCAUGGUGGCCUCGAAGCCGUCAGCCACUAUGGUGAACCUUCCGUGGGAUGAGGCGUUGUACAACCGGCUGGUGCAGGACAACGAGAAGGAGCUGGCGGAGAUCCAGAAAGAGGAAGAAGAAGCCGUGGAGCAGGCCGGAGACACAGAAGUGACAGCAGCUAAAGGCAAGCGUGCCGAGUUCUGGGCCCGAGUUGGUGACAAGGACAAAGCGAUCGCUGCUUAUGAGAGUGUUUUCGAAGGAACGGGCAUCCUCGGUGCCAAGAUCGAUCUCGUCCUGGCCAUAAUACGGAUGGGCCUCUUCUAUGGCGACAAGCCUCUCGUCAAGAGGCACGUCGAGCGUGCCAAGACUCUCGUCGAAAGUGGUGGUGACUGGGACCGUCGAAACCGCCUCAAGGCCUACGAGGGCCUUCACCUCCUCACUGUUCGCUCGUACAACCUCGCCGCCCCAUUGCUCCUCGACUCGCUCUCCACAUUCACCAGUUACGAGCUCUGCACGUACUCGAAUCUGGUGAUCUACUCCGUCCUGGCGGGCUCCGUGUCUCUCAAGCGUGUGGACUUCAAGUCUAAGGUAGUUGAUGCCCCCGAGAUCAAGGCCAUUCUUGGCGAUGGAGAGGACAGGUUGCUCGCACUCAGCGGCGCCCUUAGUGCAGGGCCGGGCGCGGACGACACCGCUGGCAAAGAUGCCCCCAAGGCUGCCACGGCCGGCGUUGUGAACCUGACGACUCUUGGCAGUAGCACCGACCAGCCCGAGGCGGAGAUGGCGAUUGACUUCAGCCCUCUUGCGCUCCUCGUCAGCAGCCUGUACACCGGCAACUACAAGACUUUCUUCCAGUCACUCGCAUCAGUUGAGGAGCAGUUCCUGACGCAGGACCGCUACCUGUCGGAGCACAAGAAUUGGUUUGUGCGCGAGAUGCGCCUCCGUGCGUACCAGCAGCUUUUGCAGAGCUAUCGCGUUGUCGGCCUGGACACCAUGGCGGUCGACUUUGGCGUGACCGUCGACUUCCUCGACCGGGAUCUAGCCAAGUUCAUCGCCGGCGGCCGCAUUCCAUGCACAAUCGACCGCGUCUCGGGCAAGGGUGUUAUUGAGACCAACCGACCUGACGACAAGAACAAGCAGUACCAGGACGUCGUGCGCCAGGGUGACCAGCUGAUCACCAAGCUACAAAAGUACGGUCAGGCUGUGCGGUUGAGGGGCAGCGAGAGGGCGUAGGGGAUAUAUCUACACUUGAGCUAGACAUGGAGCCCAGUUUACUCCGUAUGACGUGAGAUGAAUAGACUUGAGCCGAGACAAGCUCGCACCGCGCAUGGCAAUACAUUUCAUGGAUCGUAUCAUUCGCACAC